ACGGUUCCUUUCCCUUUGUUGUUUUUAUUCGUUUUGGUAUUUCGGCGAGUUUUUCUUUUCCAAUUUUACGAUCCUGAUGGUUUUCAGAUUUCGUCGGUAAUUAAGAUAAUAGUACCUACUUACAAUCAAAAAGGAGUGUCGACUGGAAGCAGGUUCCUCAGUUUGCAUCGAGUACCCUGCCAUGACGGAUUGUAACAGUUCAGACGAGGACUUCGCCGAGGAUUGGGUCCUUUAUGCAAACCGCCCUGAAUGGAGUGAUGUAGUACCACUAAAGCAAGACGAUGGAGACAAUCCGGUGGUCAUGAUUCAGUAUAGCGAAAAAUUCAACGACGUGUUCAGUUAUUUGAGAGCCGUCAUGUCAAAGCAGGAGAAGUCUGUUCGUGCACUGAAGCUGACGCAGGAUGCUGCGAAACUCAACGCUGCAAACUACACGGUUUGGCAGUAUCGUCGAGAUAUUCUCCAAGCUCUUAGCUCCAAUUUGCACGACGAGCUCGACUACAUUGAAAGGGUCAUUGAAGAUAAUCCUAAAAACUAUCAGGUAUGGCAUCACCGACGAGUGAUCGUCGAGUGGAUGAAUAAUCCAUCCCGGGAGCUGGAGCUAACAGAAAGCAUUUUGAAUAUGGAUGCAAAGAACUAUCAUGCUUGGCAACAUCGUCAGUGGGCCAUUAAAACUUACAACCUGUUUGAAGACGAGCUGCAGUACGUCGAUCGUCUUAUCUCGGAAGAUAUGCGCAACAACUCGGCCUGGAAUGAGCGGUUUUUUGUGCUUAAACACACUGGAUUUAAUGGUGAUAUUUUGGAACGCGAGAUCAAUUAUGUCAUGAAUCGCAUUCGACUGAUCAAGAACAAUGAGAGCCCAUGGAAUUUUUUGCGAGGUUUGCUUCAGCAGGGUGACGGAAAAUUGGCACAGUAUCCUGAGGUUGUAGAUUUUUGUGAAGAGUUGUACAACUCGGGAGUACGAACGCCGUACCUAUUAGCGUUUUUAAUCGAUCUGUACGAGGAGAAAUAUUUCGAGGCCAAAAAUGCUGGUCAGGACCCGGAGCUGUACCAAACGAAGGUGCAUGAUUUGUGCGAAUCAAUGGCUACCCAUCACGAUACCAUCCGCUACAAAUACUGGCGAUAUAUUGCAGAUGAUUUUACAAGAAAGAUAGAAGGCCAAAUCAAUCAGAAUGGAUCGUAAGUGAUUUUUCGAAGAUGUAUUUAACAGCACAGUCUAUAUAAUUCUAUAUUGCCGGUAAAAGUUAUUUCAAAUUAAAAGCCAUGAUAUGCCUGCCACCAA